AUGAUUACUGGACUAGGAGGUUCUAGUAAAAGCUUUGUAAUUCAAGCCUUAAGUCAACUUCUGCACACAAAGUGCAGAGUUUGUGCAUUCUUUGGAAUCGCAGCCUUUUAUAUCAAAGGAAAAACUUUACACUCGCUUUUGCAGCUUCCCAUCAAAGGAAAGAAAAAUGGGCCACUAAAAUCAUCAGCAUUGGCAAAACUUCAGCAUGAUCUUGAGGAUGUUAACUAUCUCAUCAUUGAUGAAUUUUCAGUUAUUGGUCAAAAUAUGUUUGGCUGGAUAAAUAGACGCUGUAAGCAGGCAACUGGUAUUUCUACAGUUCCCUUUGGUGGUAUGUCUAUUAUAUUAGUUGGGGAUAUUGCACAGUUACCCCCAAUCACAGACCAGGUUUUGUACCACACCAAACCCAAAAGUAAGUUGGCAGUCGAAGGAUACUGCACGUAUAAAAAAUUUGAGACAGUUGUGAAGUUUGAAAUUAACGAAAGAGCUAGGGGCGCUGAUAACGAACAACAGCGAUUUAGAGGUCUUCAAAUAAGAGCCAGGGAUAGUAAUUCAACAUUUGAAGAUUGGAAUUUGCUUUUAUCAAGGCAACCACACAAUGUCACUGAUAAAACAAACUUUCAGAAUACGGCUGUCAGAUUAUCCUUUAGUAAUGAAAAGUUGCUAAAGACAACUAUGAAAGAAAGUCACAAGGCUACUAUGCUACCCAUUGCCAUAAUUGUACAGUUUGAUGAUGACUAUCUGGGACCAAGUUUUUGUAAAGACACACCUAAUUGUGUGCCUAUAUUCCCUGUCACAAGUUCCUCUAACACUCUUGGCAAUAACUUCGAAAGAGUACAGUUCCCAUUAAAACUCGCAUGGUCAAUGACAAUCCACAAGUCACAAGGCUUAACUCUCAAAAAGUGCUGGAUUGACCUAGGAUCAACUGAAAAGGUUGCAGGUUUAACAUAUGUUGCAUUAUCAAGAGUUCGUAAACUCUCCGACACUGUAAUUGAACCACUUACUUUUGAAAGACUACAUGCAUUAAAAAAAACAUCUAAUCAUAAAUAUAGACUUCUGGAAGAAUCCAGUGAAAUGGAUAACUACGAAAGUCCAAAAAAGAAAAUGAAGUUUGGGAUGUCAUCUCCUCCCUCCUCUCCAACCUCUUCAUCCUCUGCAA